AUGCCAGUUAUUGGGUUAGGAUGUUGGAUGGGAGAGGUGGGUGGCGGGGAGAGGGUGAAAGAAAUGGUCACCAAGGCCCUAGAUUUGGGCUAUAGGCAUUUCGACACUGCUGCAGGAUACGGGAAUGAGAAUAUGCUCGGCGAGGCCAUCAAAAUUUCCGGUGUUCCGAGAGAGCAACUUUAUAUCACCACCAAGCUUGGGAACUCAUCCCACCACCGUGUCCUCGAAGCCUUCGAGGAGUCACUUGCGAAGCUGGACUGUGGAUAUAUUGAUAUGUAUCUCAUGCACUGGCCUCAAGCUGUCGUGGACGACUCCGCCUCCGCACCAUCCUUCAACCCCUCCGGCCGCGUGCUCCCGCCUUAUUCAUCGCCGACCAUCAUCGACACAUGGUUGUCUAUGCAAUCGCUCUUGCUCACGCACAGAUCUCGAAUUCGAUCCAUCGGAGUGUCGAAUUUCAGCAUCAAGACGCUCAACGAGUUGCUCAGUGAUGCAAGGGUAACUGUACUUCCGGCGGUCAAUCAGGUGGAAUGCCAUCCGUAUCUUCCGAACGAUGAGUUGAAGAAAUGGUGUAGCGAAAAGGGAAUAGCAGUGACAGCUUAUUCGCCGCUUGGUCAACCGCCCUCUUCUUCGAGCGUGGGGGCACCACCCAAUCUACUGACAGACUCAGCUGUCCUGUCCCUAGCGGCGCAGUAUCAUACUACGCCGGCCCAGAUUCUCCUGGGCUGGGGCCUCCAGCACGGAACGGCUGUGAUUCCGAAGAGCGAGAACGAAGGGCGGUUGAAGGCAAAUAUCACCAUCAUUUAUCUCUCCGAAUCCGAUAUCGCGCAGCUAGACGUUCUACACCGACAACCGGGCAAGCACAGGAGCUUGUUGGGAUACAUACAUAGGACGGGAGAGUGGGGGCCUGGCGUGUUUGGGUGGAGUUACGAGAUGUUAGGAUGGGAAGGGAUGCAGGAAGGUGGUGUGAUUUCUUGA